AUGCUUGGAUGGUUCCCUUGCCUGGGUGGAGCUCACAGAUUGUUUACAGAUCCGCCCUGUCACAGGGUGUGGGAAGGUUUGCGCCCGGUGUGGGAAGGCCGGACUAGUGGACAGCAAAAACUGCAUUGUCCUGUGUGCGUUCCUGGGGCGCGCGCCGCCCAGCAACAAGCAGAGAACGCCAUGGGCGUCAUGACCACCCACACAAGCUCUUCUUCCCCUGGCAGUGUGGCCGCUGCUGACCCUACAGUGCCUAUGUCCUGGGGGUCUGCCAUGCUGAAGACCCACAGUUACGUCCGUGCAGAACGGCACGGCGUCACCAUCCAAAAACUGCUUCUCCUCGACAUCGAGAAAAAAAAAUAA